AUGACACAGUUGUUUGAUCCAUGUUCCACUAGCUUUUUUGAUAUGUCUAAAUUCAAGGUUCUCGAAUUGGGUCGUGAGUUCCAGCUCUAUUAUGUCGAUUCUGAUGAUGGUCAUGGUAGAUACAGUCCACGCGUUGGAAAAACUGUUGUCAAGUAUCUAGAUGAUAGUGAUGAGGAUCAGUCUAAGUUUGUGUUGCUUACGCUUAACAAAUUAUGUCACAAGAAGUGUCUGAUUGAAUCCUCUGGUGAAAUGUUGCUGGUCGAUAUGUACUUGAGAAUGGGACUUGAUGCAGCAAAUCAGAUAACCCGCAAGAUUACAGUCUUUAAACUUGUGGAAAGAGAGAAGAUUUGGGUUGAGGUUAAGGAUCUUGGGGAUAAAAUCUUGUUCCUUGGUGAACAAAAUUAA